AUGACCAAACAACACACGGUUGUGCACGAGGCAAACAAUGUGGAGUUUCGCGAGGCUCCCCGCCAUUUCUACCAAUCACAGCCCCAGAAGGCACACGUAGCCGACAUGGCUCAAUAUCGCGAGAUGUACCAACAGUCUAUCGAAGACCCAGAGGGAUUUUUUGGACCAAUGGCCCGCGAGCAUUUGCACUGGGACCGUCCUUUCACCAAGGUUCGCGCUGGUUCUUUGCAGCAUGGUGACUCGGCCUGGUUUCUCAACGGUGAGCUCAAUGCCGCUUACAACUGUGUUGAUAGACAUGCUUUCGCCAAUCCCUCAAAGCCGGCUCUGAUUUACGAGGCGGAUGAUGAAAAGGACAACCGCGUUAUCACUUUCGGCGAGCUUUUGCGCCAAGUUUCGGAAGUGGCUGGUGUUCUAAAAAGCUGGGGUGUGAAAAAAGGCGACACCGUUGCUGUUUAUUUGCCAAUGAUUGCAGAGGCGGUGGUUGCUAUGCUAGCCGUUGCCAGGCUUGGAGCUAUCCAUUCGGUGGUUUUUGCCGGGUUUUCCGCUGGUUCUUUGAAAGAACGUGUCGUGGACGCCGGCUGUAAAGUAGUUAUUACCUGCGACGAGGGUCGUAGGGGUGGAAAAACGGUCCACACCAAAAAAAUUGUCGACGAAGGUUUGAACGGUGUCGACUUGGUCGCCAAGAUUCUUGUAUUCCAAAGAACUGGAUCACAAGGUAUUCCCAUGAAACCUGGCCGUGACUUUUGGUGGCACGAGGAGACCGCUAAACACGGCGGUUACUUGCCACCUACUCCAGUAAACUCCGAAGAUCCUUUGUUUCUUUUGUACACUUCGGGUUCUACGGGUUCACCAAAGGGUGUGGUCCACACUACUGCAGGCUACCUAUUAGGAGCAGCUUUGACCACCAAAUAUGUUUUUGAUAUUCAUUCCGAAGAUGUUCUUUUUACUGCGGGUGAUGUUGGUUGGAUUACCGGUCACACCUACGCCCUAUACGGUCCCCUGGCCCUAGGUACCGCCACUAUCAUUUUCGAAUCUACCCCAGCUUAUCCUGACUAUGGUAGAUAUUGGAGAAUCAUCGAGCGUCACAAGGCCACCCAUUUCUACGUGGCUCCUACAGCUCUUCGACUCAUCAAGCGUGUCGGCGAAGCCGAGAUUGCCAAAUAUGAUACUUCAUCUCUGAGGGUCCUUGGUUCUGUUGGUGAACCUAUUUCUCCAGAUCUAUGGGAAUGGUACCAUGAGAAGGUUGGUAAUAAGGAUUGCGUGAUCUGCGAUACUAUGUGGCAGACCGAAUCGGGCUCUCAUUUGAUUGCUCCUAUGGCCGGCGCUGUCCCUACCAAACCAGGAUCGGCCACAGUUCCAUUUUUUGGCGUGAAUGCAUGCCUAAUCGACCCAGUUUCUGGCGAAGAGUUGAAGGGUCAUGACGUGGAGGGUGUUUUGGCAGUCAAAAACUCUUGGCCUUCAAUGGCUAGGUCUGUAUGGAACAACCACUCUCGUUAUAUCGAAACCUACUUGAAACCAUAUCCUGGCUAUUAUUUCACUGGUGACGGUGCUGGUAGAGAUCACGAUGGUUACUACUGGAUCAGAGGCAGAGUCGACGACGUUGUGAACGUGUCCGGCCACAGAUUGUCUACUGCCGAAAUUGAGGCCGCAUUGGUCGAGCACGAUGGUGUUUCCGAGUCUGCGGUUGUCGGCAUCACCGACGAACUGACCGGCCAGGCAGUCAUCGCGUUUGUGUCUUUGAAGGAUGGAUACUUGCAAGAGAACGCUGCUGAAGGUGACGCAGCCCACAUCACCCCUGACAAUUUGCGUCGUGAGCUUGUUCUUCAGGUUAGAGGAGAGAUUGGACCUUUUGCAGCGCCAAAGUCCGUUGUUGUCGUUAACGAUCUGCCAAAGACCAGGUCCGGCAAAAUCAUGAGAAGAGUCUUGAGAAAAGUGGCGUCCAACGAAGCCGAUCAGCUGGGUGACAUGUCUACUUUGGCUAACGCUGACUGCGUUCCAUCCAUCAUCUCCGCUGUUGAAAACCAAUUUCUCGCUCAAAAGAAGAAGUAG